CUACACCCGGCCCACAGCCCCGCACGCGAACCCUAGCACUCUCCCUGACCCUCUCCCUUGCAGCUGUCUCCCCAACCCACUCCAGAUCCAGAUCCGCCACCCACCUCCCUCUCCCCUCGCCGCCUCCCCUCCCCUCGCCGCCGCACCGCCCAACGUUGCUUGUGAGAUCCCCUUUGGUCGCGACGACGGGGAUGGACGCGGCGGCGAUCACUGCCGACCUGCUCUCCGCGUUGGCGCCCUCCUGGAGCGCGGCGGUGGUGCUGGCCUCCUACCUCGCGUACCUCGCCGCCGCCGCCGCCGCCCUCCUCCCCGGCAAGCUCGUCGCCGUCCUCCCCGACUCCUCCCGUCUCCACUACCGUUGCAAUGGUCUGCUCCCACUGCCGCUGCCCCUGGGGCUCUCCGCGCUCGGCGUCUACAUGGGCUGGAUGACUCCCACGGUGAGAUCCACGGUGGGGUUUCUCGCCUCCGCCCUCCCGCCCCACCACCGGCCCGUCCGCCAUGUCGAAGCAAGGAGGGAAGGCCAAGCCGCUCAAGCAGGCCAAGGUCGCCGAGAAGGACUACCACGAGCUGCAGCCCAGGGCGAAAAAAAAAAGAAACAACGCGAGGACGAGGGAAUCGAUCGCUCCAACUCCUUCCUGUCUCUUCGGUUCGCGAGCGCAUCGACUUGGCAAAAAAAGGGGCUGGCAGUGGCGGCUGGCCUCGACGCUGAGCCAUAGACGGCUAGACGCACGGCCGGGGGGAAGCGGACUCGAGGCUCCCAGGCAGUCUACUGAUCUGGUCGUCCAAUCGGCCCCUCCUUCCUCUCUUCCGGCUUCGACUACAGCUUCGGUAAGAAAUCUCUGUCGAAAUUAGGGCUAGGAUUCCUCAUCUCUGCAAGUCUGAACUCUGAAUAAUUGAUCGUGGCAAGGCGUUGAUCAUUUGAUGCGAGGUACUAUUCGAGGUACAUACACACUGACCCCACUAAUUAUGUAUAUGCAGCGUAUGCUACAAGAAUUCAAGGUCGGGGUCGGGGGUUAGGGCUUAAAUUUGGGAGAAAAUCAUUGGGGUGAUCAUGAAUUCAUGAUUAGAGAAAAAACGUAAGAACUUGUUUUUUUUUGAGAUUCAACUUGUAGUUGUAGUUGAUGCAAGUGUAGUUGAUACAAAAUUGAUGCACGUAGUUCUGUACUACGCAAAAUAUAGAUGCAAGUAGUUAUGUACUAUGCAAAAUUGUAGCUCAUUUUCUUACUUGUGUUGUGUAGCAACUAACUUCAUUUUCUUAUUUGAUAUUUCCAUUGGUAUACAAACAUAUUGAGUUGGGAUUGAUAUUUCCGGUGCCCACGGCAUCUGUUGAGAGAGCUUUUUAAGCAAUGAAGAUUAUCAAGAAUAAAGUGCGUACCGCGGUCAAUAAUGAAUGGCUCAAUGACAUGAUGAUAUGUUACACCGAGCGGGAGUUAUUCAAGUCAGUUGAUGAUAAGGAUGUUAUUCGAACAUUUACUGCAAUGAUGACUCAAAAAGUGCAUUUGCCUUGUGAUUUUGUUUAGUUCACCGUCGGUAUAUAUGUUCCA